AUGGCUGAUAAAUUUACUUGGACACUUCAAACAUUACCGAUAGAACUUCUCUACCGUAUCCUCGAUCAUCUUGAAGUAUUAACUAUUCUAUGUUCAAUGCAAAAUGUUUGCACACGAAUUGAUGUAAUCUUAAAUACUUAUCAUCGAUAUCAAGCAUUUACCACUCUCGAUCUUAGUCGAACAUACAUGAGCAAUCAAAGAGUACAACAUAUAGCUAAUGCUUUACAACAUAAUACAACACUUAUCACUCUAGAUCUUAGAAAUACCUACAUUGGUGAUAAAGAAACACUUACCACACGCACUCUUGGCCAUUUCAGAAACGCUGUUGAAGUAGUACGACAUUUAGCCAAUGCAAAACGUGGAAUCAUAACAGUUACCACGUUGAAUCUAAAUGACUAUGGACUGCGUGACGUAGAGACACAAGUUAUAGCUGACGCAUUACAGCAGAAUACAAUACUUACCCUUCUGAAUCUUCAAUAUAACCGUAUUGGUGAUGAAGGAGCUCAACAUCUAGCUACUGCAUUACAAUACAACACAACACUUACUGAGCUAAAUCUUGUCUGCAAUAAUAUCCGUGAUUCAGGAGCGCAAUAUUUAGCGAAUGUGCUACACAAUAAUAAGACACUUAUCACUCUCAAUCUUGGACAGAACCGCAUCGGUGAUGCAGGAGCAGAAUCGUUAGCGGGUGCAUUACGACAGAAUGCAACACUUACCACUCUGAAGCUUGAAGACAAUAGCAUUAGUGCUGACGCAGUACUACAGCUACUGCACGUUUUGGAACAGAAUACAACACUUACCACACUCACUAUUGACCAUUUCAGAAACGCUGCUGAAGCAGCACGACACUUAGCCAAUGCAAAACGUGGAAUCAUAACAGUUACCGCAUUGGAUCUAAAUAGCUAUGGACUCCGUGAUGCAGAGGUACAAGUUUUAGCUGAUGCAUUACAGAAGAAUACAACACUCACUACUCUGAAUCUUCAAUAUAACCGCAUUGGUGAUGAAGGAUCUCGACAUCUGGCUAAUGUAUUACAACACAACAAAACACUUACCAACCUAAAUCUUGCCCAUAAUAAUAUCAGUAAUGUAGGAGCAGCCUAUAUAGCGAAUGAAUUACGGCAAAAUAUAACACUUACCACGCUAAAUCUUCAAUGGAACAGCAUUAAUGGUGAAGGAGUACUGUAUCUGGUGCAUACCUUAGAACAAAACACAACACUUACCAUGCUGAGUCUGAAAAGUGACAGGAACGAUGCUGAAGUGACACGACACUUAGCGCAUGCUAUAUACUCGAGAACAACACUAACCACGUUGAAUCUGGACAGCAAUCAACUCUAUGAUGUAGAACUACAAGUUUUAGCUGAUGCAUUACAAAAGAAUACGACACUUACCGGUCUGUCCCUUCAACGCAACGGAAUCCGUUAUGUAGGGGCUCGAUAUCUAGCUAAUGUUUUACAACACAACACAACACUUACCACACUGGCUCUUAAUAACAACAGAAUCGAUUCUGCAGGAGCAGAAUAUUUAGCGUGUGCACUACAAAAAAAUAAAACACUUAUCACUUUGAAUCUUGAAUAUAAUAGCAUCGACGAUGUAGGAGCGGCACAUUCAGUGAAUGCAUUACGACAGAAUACAACACUUGAAACUCUGUAUCUUGGACAUAACAGUAUCAGUGCUGAAGGAGUACUGUAUCUACUGAAUGUCUUAGAACAGAACACAACACUUACCACCUUGAAUCUCAUAAAUAACAUGUACUAUGGUCUAGCGGCACGAAACUCAACGAAUGCAAUAUGUCCGACUACACUUACCACACUGAAUCUGGACCAGUAUAGACUCCGUAUUGUAGGAAUACAAGUUUUAGCUGGUGUAUUACGGUACAAUACAACACUUACCACGUUAAAUCUUGAAAGGAACAACAUUGAUGACGUACAGGUGUACUCUUUAGCUUUUGCAAUAGGAAAUGCUAGAACACUUAUCAAGUUGAAUCUUGGAAACAACAUGAUUGGUGCUACCGGAGCAUUCCAUAUUGCGAAUGCAUUAGAAAACAAUAACACAAUUACAACACUAGAUCUUAAAAAUAAUAGAAUUGGUAGGUCAGGAGCAAAAUAUUUAGCUGCCGCAUUACGGCGAAAUACAACACUUCUUACAUUAAAUCUUCAAAAUAAUCAAAUCGGUGGGGCAAUAGGUUUCGCUUAUGCAUUACAAAAGAAUACAACACUCAUCAGGCUAAAUUUGGAAGAUAACCAAAUCAGUGCUGAAGUAGCACAAAGGAUAGCGAAUGCAAUACGUCAAAUUACAACAUUGACUAUCUUUAAUUUUGAAAGGAAUGCAAUCGAUGAUAUGCAACUGCAAUAUAUAGUCAAUACAUUACGAAAUAACAUAACACUUACCACUCUCAAUCUUGAAAGUAACAAAAUUGAUGAUAUAGCUGCAAGAUAUUUAUCAGAUCCAUUAGGAGAGAAUACAACAAUCACUAUCCUGAACCUUAAAAACAACGCAAUUCAUGAUCAAGAAGUAAGAUAUGUCGCUAAUGCGUUACAACAGAAUACAACACUUACCACACUGAAUCUCGGAAGCAGCAGAAUUGGUAAUAAGAGUGCAAAAUAUUUAGCGAAUGCAUUACGACAGAAUACAACACUUACCAUGCUGAAUCUCGAAAGAAACAGAAUUACUAAUGUGGGUGCAAAACGUUUAGCAAAUGCAUUACGGAACAAUAAUACGUUGACUGCGCUAUAUAUUGGAUGGAACUGUAUUGAUGAUGAAGGAGCGAAAUAUCUCUCUAGUGCAUUGCAAGAGAAUACAACACUUAUCACACUGAAUCUUGAAGGGAACGAAAUACAUAACAAGGAAGGAGAAUAUUUCAUAAAAGAAAUGACAAUGAAUCUGUCAAGGGUUAAACUUUGA